UGGCAUGACGUGGAUGACAUCCCGAUCCUCGCUUUCCAUUUCCUCCAUCAUCCCACACCAUCAGCUCAGAUGCUGGUACAAACGUCAUCCUCCGCGGUAGUUCGUUCCAUUGUCCUGCCCUUUGUGGUGACAAGCAUGGGUGGCUUCCAUCCCCGCCAGACGUUCACAAUGGACUGGGACCUUAUUUGAACGUGUGCUAACCUCGCACAACAUGCCGGGUCGGAGCAUUGAUCACAUAACAAAGUAGCUUUAGCGAUUAUCGCCUUUCUACCUAAGACUUAUCAAGAUGUCGAAUCUCAUGCACAAGGUCAAAGAUGCCUUGACUGGCCAUCACGGCAAUUCCAAUUCCCGCAAAGGUCAGGGUAACAAGCCCAGUACCGACAACUAUAAUUCGGGCGGCGCGGAGCGAUAUGGGCCUGGCGAUGGUUCCUAUAGCUCUCAGCCCAGCUCUGAUAACUACAGUGCUGGCGACUAUGAGCGCAGGACGGACACAUAUGGUUCGGGCACUGGUGGUGAAUAUGGCGGCAGCUACGGAUCUCAGACCAGUAGCUACGAUUAUGGUAAUACGGGUGGCUAUGGAUCUGGCUCUGCGGAUUAUAGACAUGAAACGGAGAGAUACGGUGGCUCAGGGACUGGAUAUGAAUCGCGGGCUAUGGACAGUGGAGCGAUGCAGGACUUCGGCGGUGGUGCAGGAGACAGCAGCUACAACACCUACGGCCAGGACACUGGAUCUAAUGAGUACAGUCCUACCAACAGGUUGGACUCUGGCAAGAUGGGUUACCAUUCGAUGGGCCCGGACAACGUGCGCUCUGGUGGUCCGCAGCGGAACCAAUGGUAGAGGCACUUGCAAGUAUCAUCAGUCUCAUGCAAAGGUUGAUUAUUUAAUACACAUGUAUGAUGGACAUGCGGUAAUUUAUAUGCGGAAUAGUAAUCGAAUCUCCUCGAAGA